AUGACUAUUCAAGCAAUGGAUGCAUCUCAUGUUGCACUAGUUGUGCUCUCUCUAAGAUCUGAAAAAUUUGAAGAAUAUCGGUGCGACCGUCCUCAAACUCUAGGAAUCUCUAUUGGGAAUCUUUCAAAACUCGUCAAGGUUGCAGGCAAUGAUGAUUCUAUUUCACUGAGAGCAGAUGACGAAGCGAGGGUUUUGAUCUUAACAUUUAGAGGCAAAAAUAGUGAAAGAACUAGUGAAUUUCAAUUAAACUUGCUCACAUUGGAAUCUGAACAUUUAGGAGUUAUAGAUCAAGAGUAUGUAGCUGAAAUUACAAUGCCAAGCUUAGAGUUUGGAAGAAUAUGUCGAGAAUUAGCUCAAAUAACCGACACAAUUACCAUCGCAGCUGAUAAAGAGAUAGUCAAUUUUGCUGUUUCUGGAGAUAUAGGAUCUGGAUCAGUUGCUAUUAAGCCUAAUGACUCAGAUAAGCCUGAUGAAAAAUGCAUUAUCAAGGUAUCAGAACUUGUAAGUAUGAAUUUUGCAUUGAGAUAUCUAAACUUGUUCAACAAAGCGUCGAUGCUUUCCAAUGAAGUCUCAAUAAGUUUGUCUCCUGAAGUUCCUAUCUCCCUUCAAUAUGAAUUCGAGCUUGGAGAGUUGAGAUACUAUUUGGCUCCUAAAAUUGCUGAGGAUGCAUAA